UUUCUUUUUUCUUUACACUCUGUCAAUUUGACAGACAUACAAAAACCCAGCGCUAUGCACUAUUGAGUUUUCUCUUUUUCAUAGCGUCUUUUUUUCGCAUUGUUUAACAUAAGCUGAUGACGACAACAGAGAACUCAAAAAUACCUAUCGAGGAGGAAGAAGAAGAGGAUCCUUACAACGCCAGGAUUGAGAAAACCGGCUGUUAUCAAGAAAAUGAGGAUUUACAAAUUUGCUUUUACGACACUAAAGAUUGGCGACAAUGCAAAAAGGAGAUGGAGGCAUUUCGAGCAUGCUUUAUAAAGAACAAAAAUAAUGCAGGAAGUAAAGAACUUAUCGAGUCUGCCAAGCAUAUACAUCCCGUCUACGAAGAAGACAACGCAUGAGAAAUUGUUCACGGUAUACUGGAUGAAUGGCUGGGCCUCUUAUAAUUUCCAAUCAUCCUUAUUACGUAAGCACAAGUUCGUAUUAGCAUUUGUGGUUUAUCGAGCUUUUUGCAUAAACUGAAAAUAAAAAAUAGUAAGAAAACCCUGUAAAUAUAAAAGUCACGAUUGAAGGUAUGGCUUCUCUGUAGGGCAUUGUCAAGUGUUUUUUGCGUUGGAAAUAGUCAAUCUCCGAUGCUGUCAAAAAUGGA